UUUCCAUUUGCCCAACAACUAUCUUUCCUCCUCCUUUCCUUCUCUCUUUCUGAGAAAUUAAUCUAUACCACAACCUCAAGAAAACUAUUUUCCUAUUAAUUAGUAGCAGCACCUACAACUUGUUCUCCCAAAGAUUAUUACAUCAAAAAAAAAAAAAAAAAACUCAAGAAUAACAAAUGGGAAAUUGUUGGCCAAAGCCAGUAGAUGCACUUCCUCCCACUGUCAAAUACUCUAACCCUCCUUCAGUGAUCAAGAAGCAUGUUAGUACUCCACCGGCAAGUAACACAGUGGUGGCGGAGGCUAGCGGAGAUGGUGGUGGUGUUACGGUGAGCGGGAAAAUAAUUACGCCGAAUUUAAAAAUGUUUACCCUAGCUGAAUUGAAGAGUGCAACGAGGAAUUUUAGACCAGAUACAGUAUUAGGUGAAGGAGGAUUUGGUACAGUAUUUAAAGGAUGGGUUGAUGAUAAAACAUUUGCACCUUCUAGAGUUGGUGUUGGUAUGCCUGUUGCUGUUAAAAAAUCUAAUCCUGAUAGUGAACAAGGCCUCAAGGAAUGGCAGGCGGAAGUAAAGUUUUUGGGAAAAUAUAGUCAUCCAAAUUUAGUAAAAUUAAUUGGAUAUUGUUGGGAAGAAAAAACUUUCUUUCUUGUGUAUGAACACAUGCAAAAAGGAAGCUUAGAAAGUCAUCUUUUCAGACAAGAAGGCGCGGAAGCAUUGUCAUGGGAUACAAGACUGAAAAUAGCAAUAGGAGCAGCAAGAGGGCUUGCUUUUUUACACACAGACACCUCAGAGAAACAAGUUAUUUAUCGCGAUUUCAAAGCUUCCAAUAUUUUACUGGACUCGGACUAUAAUGCAAAGCUUUCAGAUUUUGGACUAGCUAAGAUGGGUCCAGUAAAUGGUGACUCACAUGUGACCACUAGAGUUGUUGGUACUUAUGGCUAUGCUGCCCCUGAAUACAUGGCUACUGGUCAUUUAUACGUAAGGAGUGACGUAUACGGGUUCGGGGUUGUAUUACUCGAAAUACUUUCGGGGCGGAGGGUACUGGAUCUCAACAGGCCCAAUGGGGAGCAUAAUUUAGUAGAUUGGGCCAAGCCCAUGUUACCAGACAAAAAGAAGCUAAGAAAAUUAAUGGACCCAAGACUAGAAGGGCAAUACCCAUCAAAGGCUGCAUUUCAAAUAGGUGAAAUCAUAUUACAAUGUCUUGAACCUGAUCCAAAAAUUAGACCUUCAAUGAAUGAAAUUUUGGCAUGUUUGGAACAAUGUAACGCGAUCAAGGUAAAACCGAGAGAUAGAAAUACCUCCCGGGAUCAUCGGAAUUACAACCAUGACGGACAUCGAUCGCCCCUCCACGUCAAGAAAACGGCUAGUGGCAAUGUCAUUGGAAAACAAGUCCAUCAUGCUACUAUUAACCGCAGCUACUGAAACGUAUGUGGCUCGUUACAAAUGUAAUUUUAGUUAUACGAAUCAAUUUCAAGUGGUUUCGUGGCCCAUCAUAUGUGUGAUUUGUGGGCUUGUGUUCAUUGUGGGCCUAGUCCAACUUUGAUCCAGCAAAGGCCCAGGACCGGUAAAGGGGCCCACUAUGACCUGUUGGUAAUUUGAAAUGGUCAUAGGUAAUCAUGAGAAAGCUGGCAAAUGUCUGUAUUCAGAAUGAAGAUAGUCAACUUCAACACAAAAAGGAAUUCCACUUAUCACUUUCAUUUUUUUCUUUUUUUUGAAUAGAUAUGAUUGUAUUGCAUUUUGUCUGUAUAUUUUUUCUUCAAUUUUUUUUUUUUUAUAUAUGAUCAUGUAACAUAUUCUUAAGGUCACUAUUGAUUUGCCUUUAAUGCUUUCUUGUCUUUUA